AUGUUAAAGUACUCUGGGCAGGAAAUCAGGUUCAUCCACGCGGGGCCCAUCCAACAGCACAAACCGAGGAACGCGAGGACCGGGAUUACCGAAGCCCAGUCAGUCCUGCCACCCGGAUCGGCGGCCUUGUGGGACCUAAAGGGGAGGCGUGUCCUCAAAGACUGGAAUGCAGGCCAUGUUACCCGUCGACACCCCGAUCCCUCCAUCGGGUGCGGCACGCGCACCAGGGCGUACGCCGUGGCCGACCGGGCCGUCGCCCGGCUCGGCCCGGCGUCUGGCGGCAGCAUGCUCGCCACUUCCACGCCGGGGCGCCUCGCGAGACCGCUCAAGUUCAUCACGCGGCUUUGGGCGGGCCUGCACUCCUCCGCCGCCCAAGAGGAGGGUUGA